ACAGUGUAGAGUCAGCUCCCUGCGUGUCUCUCCUGUCACUGUCAGUGUCUCUCCCCCGGAGAGAAAGACAAGGCGCCUGACAGCGCUUCACAUUUCCCCUCGUCUCGACCGGACUCAGCAUCCGCGGUGACCGCGUGCCCGUCUCCAUGGCGACAGUGCAGCAUCAGCAUCACCGCUGCAAUCCACAAAAUCUGUCAUUUGCCUCCCGCUGACGUUAUUUUCGAAGCACGGCGACCCCAUCAUUUGAUCCGCGCCCGUUCAGAACGUGACCGGUUCUUCGUGCCGGUGUGAGCGGUCACGCUCGUACGCGUUCGUCGUGCGUGAACGUGGUGACGACGAGUCCACGCCGCGGUGAUCCAGUUGACGACAGAGGCGCGGAGGGGGGCGAGCCCUGAUGCUGCUGCGCCCGAGUCGACGAGAUCCGCGAUCCGCGACGCGACGCACGAUUCACACCGGAGGAGCCGAAGAUGGUAGCGGUGCACGCCUCUGCGCACUCCGUGGCCUCCUCAGAGUGGAUCAUCUGCCUGGACAAGAGGCCGGCAGAACGCUCGGGAGAAGAUGUGGAUAUCAUUCUGGCUCGGCUGAAGGGUGUGAAGGCCUUCGAGAGGUUUCACCCCAACCUGCUGCAGCAGAUCUGCAUGUGCGGCUUCUAUGAGUACCUGGAGAAAGGCAUCACCUUGUAUCGGCAGGGUGACAUCGGCACCAGCUGGUACGCGGUUCUGUCUGGAUCUCUGGAUGUGAAAGUGUCUGAGACGGCCAACCAUCAGGAUGCUGUAACAAUCUGUACUUUGGGAGUGGGAACAGCAUUUGGGGAGUCAAUUCUGGAUAACACUCCUCGACAUGCCACGAUUGUCAGCCGAGAGAACAGCGAACUUCUGCGCAUCGAACAGAGGGAGUUCAAAACCCUGUGGGAGAAAUACAGGCAGUGCAUGGCAGGGCUUCUCGCCCCGCCGUAUGGAGUGAUGGACAGUGGAGCUACAAACGAUAGAAUGCCGGACAAAGAGAAUCUCAACAGCGACCCUCUCAAUUUCAUGUCAAAAAACCUGAAUAAGGUCCCGUCAGAGAAGAUUUUGAGGGCAGAAAAGGUCUUACGUAAUGCUAUACUGGCCCGAGCUCCCCACAUGAUCAGAGAUAGAAAAUAUCAUCUGAAAACCUACAGGCAGUGUUGUGUGGGCACGGAGCUGGUCGACUGGCUGCUUCAGCAGAGCUCGUGUGUUCACAGUCGGGCUCACGCUGUGGGAAUGUGGCAGGUGCUGCUGGAGGAAGGGGUCCUGAAUCACGUCGACCAUGAGCUGAACUUUCAAGAUAAGUACCUUUUUUACCGUUUCCUUGAUGACGAGGAGGAGGAUGCAGUGUUGCCCAGCGACGAUGAGAAACGUGAAGCUGAGGAAGAGCUGCAGGAGACCCUCCUCUUCCUCUCCCAGAUGGGCCCUGACGCACACAUGCGAAUGAUCCUCAGGAAACAGCCAGGUCAAAGAACAGCUGAAGACCUGGAGAUUAUUUAUGAUGAGCUGCUGCACAUCAAAGCUCUCUCUCAUCUAUCUAACACUGUGAAGCGAGAGCUCGCCGGUGUCCUCAUCUUUGAGUCGCAUGCCAAAGCAGGCACCGUCUUGUUUAAUCAAGGGGAGGAAGGCACUUCUUGGUAUAUUAUCCAGAAGGGAUCAGUAAAUGUUGUUAUCUAUGGCAAGGGUGUGGUGUGUACGCUGCACGAAGGAGAUGAUUUUGGCAAACUGGCCUUGGUGAACGAUGCCCCCCGAGCUGCUUCCAUCGUACUCAGAGAGGACAACUGCCACUUCCUGAGAGUGGACAAAGAGGACUUCAACCGGAUACUCAGGGAUGUUGAAGCAAACACCGUGCGUCUAAAAGAGCAUGAACUGGAUGUUCUGGUACUGCAGAAGAGUCUCCGGCCCUCCAGCCAUGGAAACGUCCCAGCCCACUUCAAAUACACUGUGAUGUCAGGCAGCCCAGAGAAGAUUCUGGAGCAUCUGCUGGAGACAAUGCGACUGGACAUUCAUUUCUCUGACCCAGAUCCAGCUCUGGAUGAUUUCGUGCUCAUGCACUGCGUCUUCAUGCCCAACAGCCAGCUGUGCCCUGCCCUUCUUGCCCACUAUCACUCUCAGGCCUCUCAGGGUUCAGAACAGGAGCGUCUAGACUACUCUGUUGCCAGCAAGAGACGGGUGCUCAGCUUGGCUCUGCGCUGGGCUGCCCUGCAGGGCCACCAUCUGCUGGAGGAUGACACUGCGCUCAGCUUUCUGGAGGAACUGCACGGGUUUGUAUCCAACGAUGCAAGAGUUUUGCGUCCACUGAAGGAGCUGCUGCCUGAGCUGGAGAGGAUCAUCAAGCAGUACCCGGAUGAUGCACGAACCUCUCAAAAAAAGCAUAAAGUCCUGCUGCGACAGUUCAGCUCCGGAGAGGAGAGGCUUGCAAAAAAGCAGCCAAUAAGGAGCUUUGAUGACAUUCUGCUGAAGGUGUACUGCAGCGAUCAAACUUACACCACUAUUCGUGUUCCUGUGCUGGCCACGGGGAGAGAGGUGACCGCAGCUGUAGCGGAUAAACUGGGAUCCACCGAAGAGCUGCUUUUGAUAAACCUCAGCCCAUCUGGAGAGAAGCAGAUAUUAAAGCCCAAUGAUGUAUCGGUGUUCCAGUCGCUUGGAGUUAACGGACGAUUGUUUGUCUGCUCUAGAGAACUGCUUGAUUCACUGAAUCCUCUUCCAGAGCAGGAAGGUCCCUCCACAGGCUCUAUGUCCAGUUUUGAGCUGAUGAGCUCUAAAGAUCUGGCCUUCCAGAUGACACAGUAUGACUGGGAGCUUUUCAGCUGUGUACACGAGUAUGAGCUGGUGUAUCACACGUUCGGACGGCAGGCAUACAGACGCUCCACAGCCAAUCUGGAGCUGUUUCUGAAGCGCUUUAAUCAGGUGCAGCUGUGGGUGGUCACGGAGGUCUGUCUGUGCGGGACGCUCAGCAAACGGGUACAGCUACUCAAGAAGUUCAUCAAGAUUGCAGCACACUGUAGAGAGUUUAAGAAUCUGAACUCUUUCUUCGCCAUUAUUAUGGGCAUGUGCAACCCAGCCGUCAGCAGACUCAGCCAGACAUGGGAGAAACUGCCUAGUAAAUUCAAGAAGUUCUACGCAGAGUUUGAGAGUUUACUAGAUCCAUCUAGGAAUCACCGUGCAUACCGCCUCACUGUGGCUAAGAUGGAGCCGCCAAUCAUUCCCUUUAUGCCUCUGCUCAUUAAAGACAUGACAUUCACUCAUGAGGGGAAUAAGACUUUUAUUGAUGGACUGGUGAACUUUGAGAAGAUGCGGCUGAUCGCUAACACAGUCCGAGCGGUGAGGCACUGCAGAAGCCAACCGUUCAAUGCUGAGGUGUCUCCGGCUAGCAAGAACCCUCAGGAAGUGAGGAAUUACGUGCGUCAAUUGAAUGUGAUUGACAACCAGAGAACCUUAUCCCAGCUGUCCUUCAGACUGGAGCCGAGGCGGGGCUAAAGACCAAUGCUCAGACUUUUCCCCUUGCUUUUCCCUCUCUCCCUCUCUCUCUUUAAAAUACAACCACUGUAUAUCCAGUUUACAACAGUACAACUCAAUUUGACAUCUGUCAGCUGCUAGAGCAGUUGAAUGCCGACUGUAUGUGCUAUCACUGCCAACCGAACUGAUGUGUACAAGAUGCGAAUGACUGAUCGCGUGCGCGAGUUGCAUGUUAAUGACUUCAGUCAUAAGAGCUACCUUGUGUGUUUGUUUGUGUGUGUGUGUGUGUGUGUGUGUGUGUGUGUGUGUGUGUGUGUGUGUGUGUGUGUGUGUAAACAGAACGCACCUGGUAAAAGUGUUCAUCCUUAGAUUCAGUCAUGUGAGGCCCAAAUUCGUUCCCAUGAUACAACAGUGUAAACCUGCUGCCUGUGCUCAAGCCUGCAUUUCUAAGACCCUACGAAACCUUCAGAACAAUCCUUAAAAUAAGAGCUUAGUACAAGCUACAUAUCAUGCAUACAAAUAACAGUGACACUAUGAUCGUACACCGGCCACAGAAAAUGAAUCACUGGUACUCCGUAAAACCUUCCAGGCCUCAAUGUCUUGUGGUAUGUUGUUUUAAGUCAUAUAAAUGUCAGUAUUCUGGCUCAAGGACUAUUUUUUACCACUGGUUUAAUUGUGUGCUAGUAACUUACCUCUCGCCAUAGCCUGUAGCAUUAUUGAUGUCAUUUUGUACAUUGAGUUAUAUUUGUAUAUUUUUGGGUUGGACCCAUUUUGCUAAGUUAUCAUAAUCGGUCUGAGAAGGCCUUUGUUUGUUCUCAUCCUGCCUUUUGGAAAGUGAGACGCUGUGUGUGUAGGGCACUUAUUUUCUUUUAGGAAAAUGUCUACGCCUACCUUGUAAAUAGUAUACUGUAAUCUAAAUAAAUGUAUCAUUGAACACUUUG